CUCAUCACCGCGUCCUGACACCCUGCUUUCCUCAUCCCUAUCUCUUCCAAUAUAACCACGCUCACAUAAAGUUCUAUACCGAACCAACCGUUCUCGUUUCACACAUCUAAACAAGCGGAAAACCAGCUUAACCGAAAAUGCCUCCCAAAGCCGCUGAGAAGAAGCCUAGCACUGGUGGCAAGGCCCCUGCUGGCAAGGCUCCCGCUGAGAAGAAGGAAGCCGGGAAGAAGACUGCAACUGCCACUGGCGAGAAGAAGAAGCGAGGCAAGACGAGGAAGGAGACUUAUUCUUCCUACAUCUACAAGGUCCUCAAGCAAGUCCACCCUGACACUGGUAUCUCUACUCGUGCUAUGUCGAUCCUCAACUCCUUCGUUAAUGAUAUCUUUGAACGUGUCGCAACCGAGGCCUCUAAGCUUGCUGCCUAUAACAAGAAAUCAACUAUCUCAUCGCGAGAGAUCCAGACUUCUGUGCGGCUUAUCCUCCCUGGAGAACUCGCAAAGCACGCUGUAUCGGAAGGCACCAAGGCCGUUACAAAGUAUUCGUCCUCUGCCAAAUAAGUCACGUUUUUGCUUUUUUUUUUAUAAGGAUUGUUUAUUUUUGUUGCCUCAUCGGUAAUGACUGAGGUGUGGGUUACUGGGUGUUCUCGGGAUUCUAAUGUGUCAUGGGAUGGCUUCGUUUUCUGCUUUUUUCCCUCCAUAUUUUCUUUGGGCAGAGGUCUUUACGGUUGCGAUUCGGGUUACGCGAUGUAACAUAGCUUGAACCUGGGGUUUAUUAAAUUCCACCUCGAAAUACCAAGAUACUUCCAGCAG